CACACGGCACGACAUCACAACCUUCACGUCCUUUACUCCUUGAUUGUCAUUUCCGACGUCUGCUCUAAGAAAAGGAAGACCCUGUCUAUACACUUGUCGAAAUAUUGCCUCCGAACCGCAGCCAUGAAGUUCGCCACCAUCGUCGCCGCAAUCACCUUGGUUACCUCGGGCGUCCUUGCCACCCCUUCUGAGAAGAACAACCUCAUGCGUCGCGACUGCUACGACUGCCACUACAAGUCUUUCGACGCCGGCCGCUGUGAUGGAAGUUGCAGCAGCUCGGAACCCGAGGGUAGCGGACAGGUCUGCCGGAAGUGCAUCAGUGGAUGCCCUGCUACGACCGACGCCGAUCGCGGAGACACGCCCGCCGUGAGCUGCUAG